AUGUUGGAGAACAUGUCCAGGCGUAACCGCUCCCUGCUGUCUCUUUCCCUCACCUCAUUGGCUCUCACCCUGUCCGUCUCGGCUUUCUGCACCUCCUACUGGUGCGAGGGAACGCACAAGGUGGUGAAGCCACUCUGCCUGUCACCUGUCAAGAUGAAGAACUGUGGGCAGAACAACAGCCAGCCGUACACCACAGAGGCGCCCACCCCGGACCCGAGGAGCCCGGUCUCCAACGUGACGCUCUCUCCGCUGCAGAAGGAGGAGCUGGCCAGGAUAAAGAGGAAGCAGCUGGCCAACGCCGUCCAUUACAUCUGGGAGACGGGCGAGGACAAGUACAUGCUGCGCUACUUCCACACCGGCUUCUGGCUCUCCUGCGAGAAGCACAACGAAGGUAAUGAUCAGGAGGAGAAGUGUCGCAGCUUCAUUGAGUUGACGCCAGGAGAGACGCAAGGCGUCCUCUGGCUUUCAGUCAUCAGUGAGUUCAUGUACAUCGGGCUUCUGGCCAUGGGCUUCCUGCUGAUGUGCGUGGAAGUGAUUUGCCUCUGUGCCAAGAGGGAGAUGAACGCCCUCAAGAUCAACGCCUUCGCCGCCAUGUGCACUGUCCUCUCAGGUAUGAUGGGGAUGGUGGCACACAUGAUGUACACCACAGUGUUUCAGAUGACUGUGAGCAUUGGGCCCAAAGACUGGAGGCCACAGACGUGGGACUACGGAUGGUCUUUUGCCAUGGCCUGGCUGUCGUUCAGCUGCUGCAUGGCGGCCGCCGUGGCCACGCUCAACUCCUACACCAAGACCAUCAUCGAAAUGAAGCAUCGGGCCCGGGUGAGGCUGGAGGAGGUUCGUGCUGCUGCCCGUGCCCCCUCGUACGAAGAGGUUGUCCGAGCCGGCGGCGGUGGGGUUUACUCCGUCAGUCAGCUGAUUCAGCUCGGCCAACAGGGGGCACUCAUGGACCCUUUGUGGCCCAGAGGAGUGGGACCAGCUGUUGGACAUCUGGCAUCUUUGGGCGGAGUCGGAGGUGGGCGGCUGGUGGACCAUCACGGUGUGGUGGUAGUGGAGGGAUGCGGUGCUGAAGGAUGUGAAGACUGUGAACGGGAGAUGGAUGAGAUUGAUUACACUCUGCAGGAGGACAGAGAGGACUCACUCUGCUGA